AUCCAAGUGACCGCUGAACAGCGCUGUCGAACACUGUUAGGCUUUGGUACCGGAGUCCGCCGCUCGCUAGAUGAUGCUGCAGCCCUGUUCCUGCACAGAAAAACGGGGCAGCCUCCUUCCAGAAAAGAAAACGAAGAAACACGGCACAACACUCCCUGAAAUGUGUUAAUUAAAGCCAGUUUCUGGCUAUGUUUUAACAGCGGCUCACAGGAAGAACACCCAAAACAAAGGAAAUCCGCUUUGUUAGGAAAAAAAUGAGCACGGUCAUCAGUCCCUCCUUGGUGUGAUUGUAAAUAUCAGGAUGCUGGAUAAAACUGAUGACCAGCAGCAGGAGGAGUCCAGGCUCUGCUCUGAGUGCGGGUGCAGUUUCAGCCCACCACAGCUGGACUCCCACUCUGAUUCCGCAUCAGCUAAACAGAAGCAGACAGACGGCAGAGAUGCUCCAUUCAAAUGUCCAUCCUGUGAGGCUGGAGGCAGCAGCAGCCCCCCUAACGGCCGGCGAGCCCACCGGCGCAUACGACUGGAACCUCACAGCUGCAGCAUAUGCAACAAAACCUUCAUCUCAUCUGCCCACCUGAGUCUUCACCUCACCUCCCACAACAAGGAAAGGAAGUUCAGGUGUAACAUCUGCGGUAAGUUCUUCCAUCAGUCCUCCCACUUGAUGGCUCACAAGGUGAUCCACAGUGGUGAUAAACCGUUUAAAUGCCCAGAGUGUGGGAAGAACUUUGGGCGUGCCUCACACUUGAAGACCCACCGUCGGCUGCACACAGGAGAGAAGCCUUUUAAAUGCACUUACUGCAGCAAGUCGUUCACCCAGAAGGCCGGGCUUCUGGCACACAUUCGACUCCACACCGGUGAGAGGCCCUACAAAUGUGAACAGUGUGGCGCGGGCUUCCGCUCUAUGUCCACCCUGCUCUCCCAUAAGGCUCUAGAGGCCGCCGGACAAGCCAGACCCGCACCUGCUCCUGCUGUCAUUUCUGCACCCGCGCCUCCAGUCAACAAGCCAAACGAAGCGCAAAGCAACAUGGUGGAUCUUAAGUGCGGUGUCUGCUGCCGCACGUUUGUACGCUCUUCAUACUUCCGGCUUCACAUACGCCUAAAAAAAGGCCAGCGACCUUAUCACUGCAAAGUAUGCAACAAGACCUUUGUCAAGUUGGAAACGUUCGUGAACCACUGUGACAAACACUUGAAGCAGAAAAAAGAAAAAAAUUGUGUUAAAUACGAAGUUGUUAAGCCUCCACAGUUUGUUCCCCUCUCCAGGCCUCCUUCCCCAGAGGGCUUACCCAAUCAGGAGUUAUCCUCGGAGAUGAACACACACGUCACAAUAAAAACUGAGACUGAUGUUUAACCAAGAGGAGAUGCUUCAAAUCACUUCUGCUUCAGCAAACAGGUGCAACACGUUAGUGUCAACUUCAGCAUUUUGCAUGAAUGUUUACAAAUGAAAAAAUAGGUAGUAGUAUCACAAGCUUCUGUUAUUUACUUGAUGGGAAAUAUUGUCCAAGUGAACAGGUUUUGUAAACACAAUAUUGUGGGUGUGAUAAACUUGACAGAAAUAGAUGCUAAAGAGAAAACAUAUAACACUGAUGUCACGGAGUUAAAGUGGAAUACCAGUCACGCAAGAACAGUGUUCACAAUUAUCAGGCAAACCUUGUUUUUAUUAAUCAGCAUACAGUAUUCAUUCAUACAGUGUUCUUAGUUAAUCCAAAAUGGCAGAUUGUUUUUCUUCACUAUACAUUUCCUGUUUAACAGGUCAGGUGAGAAACAUCUGUCAGCACUUUUCCAUCUUCAACACCUUUUCUGGCUAGCCUUUAUCCUGCAUAAAAAUCAUUGUCUGUUUGAAAGAUGUAGACUUCUUUAUGUACUGCUGCCUGAAGAAAGUGUCUUAAAAAACUGGCGUAUCUUUGGGAGUCGAUUUUGAGCUUAUCUUCAACCCGAAAAGAUCUAGCUAGCUCAUCUUUAAUAAUGAGCUCUACCUUGACAUCUGACUUGGAGCUCUGUGCCCAUUACUGAUCCACACGUCUGUCCACCAGGUCCAUCAGGUCACUCUCAUUUCAUCAAGCCAUAAAACCUUUGAAAAAUCUGUCUUCAGAAAUUUCUUGGCACAGUCCAUAUGCUUCAGAUUAUUUUUCUUGUUCAGUGAUGUUCAGGUUUUAGCCUUCCUUACUUUGGUCAUGUCUCUGAGCAUCUUAUACCUCAGUUAAUCUCGGUUAAUCCAACAUGGCGGACUGUUUUUCUUCACUGUACAUUUUUCUUCCUACAUCCUCUAUGUAGGAUGCAGUUAUGGAACAUAAUAGAAAUACAAGAUAAAUGUAGUUCUUGGUAGCUUCUCUUAAUUCUUCUCAAAUCCUCUGCAGUUUGCCUCCCCCCAUUGCUUGGUUAAUAUGUUUGCACACAGAAUAUAUCUGUCCUACUUUCAUCUAAUUUUGUAAUCUAUUUUUAUUAUCUACAAGCCCAUGUGUGCAGAGCUAUACAACAUUUUUGCAAAAGGUACGGCCCAAUAUAAGAUAUCAUGGUAAGAGAACUAAGGAUAAGAAUAUUUGAAAAUAUUAAAACAUAAUUGUUUGUUUUAUUUAAAAAUAGCAAAGGAACGAUAAUUUCUUUUGCUACAGAAAAAAUAGAAUUACAAAUAUGCUAUCUAUACCAUAUAUUUAUUAUUUUCAUUUUUAAAUACAGGUCUGAGCAAAAAUACGUUUUAUUUUGAGCAUGUGGAACAUUAUUUAUUGAAGUGUUUCUUUGUUGUUGUUUUUUUAUGUCGGAUUUGUGCAUUUCCACUGUGAGGUCCAAAAGCUUCAGGAUUCACAUAAAAUGGAUAAAACUCAAAACAAAAUAGCUUUGACAGCAUUACCUCCUUAUCGUUUACUGAUUUUCAUUAAGGUUAAGAGAUUUGAAUAAUGUAUUAAAAUCAGCUACAGUGUAAAACACUGAUAUUCAACAUGUGUGAAUGGAUUUAAAUGUUGUGUUGACAAAAAUGCCAAUUGCUGCUUUUUAUGUUUUAAAAUUACCAGAAUAUGUAGAUGAUACAGGAGCUAAAAAAAGUAAACCCUGCAUUAACUGCAGUGACAAUAAGCCCUAAAAUAUGAAUACUACCCUAGUUCCCUGGAAAUGUUCCUACAGUGGAAAUGCAUAAUCUUUAUCAUUUUCACCAACUAAAUAUAAUGGUGAGGUGUUGGACUUUUUUGACGUUCUUUGUGGAGUAACAAAAGUAAUACAUGCUGCCCGUCAUAGUUUACAAGCUGUAUUUUUAUAACAGGUUUACCUUUAUAAGGUUGCUGGUUUUACUUACCAAACCCUGACUUGUGUUUUAUGCAAAUAUUGUCUAAGUGUAGAAGACAACAGGGGUGUUUUGACUUUUUAAAUGAUUUAGCUUGUUACUCAUAAUCUACCAAUUCUUAAUUUAUUGCUUACUUUAACGUGAAAAGCUAAUUAACAAAAAUCUUCUUAUCUCUAGGUGUUUAAAUAAUUGAAUAUCAGUUAAAUUGGUGAAAAUGUAAAUUAAGCUCUUUUUUUAAACCAUUGUAAAGACUUGAGUAUAAUAAAGAUUAAAACAUUCUUUUGCUGUUGUACCUGAAA